AUGGAGUCCACGUUUCUCGAUUAUCGUGAACAAGGACAGCGGGACAGGGAUUACGGUCGAGCGUUGAUCACGAGUGUGAGCAAUAGAAUCAAGGCAGAAUUUGCUGGUCUUGAAAAUGAAAUGGCCAAAGGUCGUACAACGCAACAGCUACAAGAUCAGACUGGAGAAAAACGUCCUACGACGCCACUGUUACGGGCUCAGAUUGCGAGGGAGGAUCUUGUCUUUAUGGUUCUGCUGAUUGAGAUGUAUGGCAGCCAGGUUGUCAUACCUUCAGGUAAUUGUAAGCAUGACUGGAUCGCUGAACAAGUGUGGUUCAAGCAAGAAGACCUGAUUUCGUCGAUCAUCCCAACGCUUCACUACCACUUCGAUGGAAAACCUGUAUGGGUUUGCGACAGGACCGUUGGUGCCUACUCGCCUCACCCGCACGUUAUACAUCCUCCCUUGACAUCAUGUCCGAACCAUGGGCUAGGAGCAAGUUGCGAGACUAUGAUUAUGACAGUUCCUCUAGAGCUGCGCCAUAUCCUGUGUAUACCAGUUGCUGAUAUUCCAACGCGCAAAUGUAUCGAACAUGCCUACAGGCCUCCGCGAACAAGAUCUGCCCGUUUAGUGGCUGGUUUUACCACUAAAACUGCGAAUCAUGCACCACCCGCAUCAGCUACUCAUGCUCAUCAUGGGCCUUCUGCUCUAUCAAUCUUUCUGACCAACCUCAAUCUUCUUGAUCUCGACCAACUUCAAGACUGGCCUGCCAUUUGUGCCGAGACCUUUGCGACAGACGGCACAAGCGCGCAGGGUCUAAAGAAGAGAGUCCAUUGUGUGGAAUGGGCUCUGUUUCACCUCUUCUCAUUAUGGGAUCCUGAAGAAACAAAAAAAAAACACGCUAACCCACAUCAGAAACUUAAACCAUUCUUUCCUCCUCUCGAUCAAACUCAAUCCGUCAACCUCCGUGCCGCCUUGUUAAGAGCUCUCGAAGCAGCCAAGAAGAAUGGAGUGCUUGGAAGGGAUGCCAUCGUGCGAAAGACCAUGCUGGACGAAUGUCGAGGAGAAAGACUGGAAGAUGUCCUUGCUGCGUUUUCAUCUGCUGUUCUCAAGCAUGUUAUUGCCCAAGAGGUAGCAUCAGGCAGUGAAUACAAAGCUCUUGCACUUGAUAUGGCCGUCGAGGAUCGAGGAUACAAGAGCGAUAAUACAGACCUCACCACCAUGGUUUUGGCGCACAGGGUUGCCAUCAGUCGCAUAUUAAAUAGCAAGGUGGCAGCUAGCUCAAGGUUUCACGACUUUGCCGAUUUAUUAACGGUCAAGGAAAAGGGCAUUGCCCGGAGGAGAGAAGCACUGGAUGCUCUCCAAGGUGGCACGACCAUAUCUGAUGAUGCUAGACGCGAGAUGUGGCGUACACUCCGAAACAACUGGUCCGGCAACGAACGAUGGAUGGAGACUCUGCUCUAUGGAGAUGCCAGCGUGAAAAAGGACGCCCUUCUUGGAAUGCCCUUCGAUCGUGUUUGGCGACGGGUACAGCAAGGCCGACUCGACGAACUCGAAGAGCACAGCACUGGCCUCUUGGAACAACUCGAUAGUCGAGUGCGCGUACAGAGAGAAAGACUCCAGAAGUGGCAAAGGUUUCGCAAUGAAAUGUCCGCCGACCAACCCGGUCCAUCUCCGACAAAGGUCCAGCGAAAGGAGAAGGACAGCGGCAUUGACUUUGGAUUCGGCGCUCACGAAGCGUUGCUUCUCGGCAAAGUCAGCCCAAAGAAGGCGGCAUUUGGAAAACCGAAACUUUUGAGCGAGUACGAUGACCUUGUACGCGACCUGGAACUGGAGCUCCAAAGAGCGAAACCACAAAAGUCGUCAGCUCUUGACUUUUUACAGCGUCCUGCCUCCCAAAACGCACCAGUGAUCAGCAUGCCAGUCUGCGAGCCUGAGGAGGAAGAGGAAGAAGCUAUCAGUGAAUUGGAAGACGAAGACGGAUUCCCCGAAUCACCUAUCAAGACGUUCAAGUCGAAGCUGGAUUUGGCAAAGCGAUUCCCAGUACGACCAAAGCUUUCUCAUACCAGCGACUCUUUUGCUUCGGUCUCUUCAAGUGCUAGAAGCCUUCGUAAACCAUCCCAAGACGAGGCGCGCAUCCUUCGUGCUUCGUCGGUCGAGCGAACCAGCUCCCCUGAGCCAGAGGACGAGCCAGCCGCAGCAUCUCCACGACCUGAGUAUGACGUUUCACCCCAGCUUUCACCUCAUAUAUCCCCCCAACCAUCCCCACCACUCUCGCCUCUACCACGUCAAGAGUCACCAGAGCAGAUGCCUACACGGCUAUCUCCGACACAAGAGAUGGCAGACCACAUCCUUGAGUCUAUGGACAUGGCCUCACCAUCGCCUGUCAAACGGCCGAGAAAACGACACACACUUUCGCUUGCUGAGCGGACACGUCUGACAAUGGCCCGUGAAUCACUUGAUGAUCCAGAACCCGAUGAUCUGGAACUCACUCCACCACCCACAGAACCUGUUCCUGCAGAGGACCCCAGUCCGACACUUCCCGAAGAAGAAUUUGAUCUCCUUGCUCGAACUCAGAAGAGCAUGGCUGGUUUUGAUAAGGCGAGACAAAAGGCACAAAUGGAAAGACGACGUUCGUUGAAGAAACCAAAGGUACCCCCCAAAAAGGAGGCCAGUUACUACUUUCCCAAGGUCGAGGAGGAUACCACUGUCAUUACAGAUGAGUUGAUGGCGCAGGAGGAUAUGGAGGCGGUGUUUAGAUCACGACCCAAGAUCAAGGCCAGCCCGGUACCGAGCCCAACCAGGGAGUGGGACGACGACUAUGUGUAA